UGUUAGGCUUUGGCAAUUGGAAAUUUGAAUGUGACAAUGUAAGGACCUCCCUUGCCUAGACAAAUGGACCUCAUAAGCAAUCUUUAGUUUAAGUGGGGUAACCAACCUCAUUCCUAGGACUUUUCUCAUCUUCUUCCAAUUUUUAAGCCAAAAGCCCCAGGAAUGAAGUUGACCAUUACUGAAAGAUGUUCCCUCUUGGUUAACUGUGAUGUUUAAGAUGGUAGUGGAUAGACCACAAUUGCUUCUAAAUCCCGGCCUUGUUCCCUUUUUGCGUUUUUGAUUCCCAUCCUUGUGAGCCAGAUCUCAUUUUCUCGGGAACAAAAAUAGCUCAAGUCCAGUUCCCAUUUUCCCAAGCUUGUAAGGCUAGCGGUUUCUUGGACGCUCGAUGAAAAAUGAAGUCGGCGGAGCUCCAAAAACGAGGAGCGGAGGUGUGGCUGUGACGCCCCUCUCGUUUUCUCCCAUAUCUCUCCCGGAGUUGCGCUUUCGCCGCUCGUUUUCACAGUUGCGCUUGCUUGACGCUUUAAACCCAUCAAUUACGCAAGCAAAAUCUUGCCCAUUCCAUUUUUCUUUGAAAAACAUACACUAUACUUAGAAAAGUAGGAAAGAAUUCUAACUACAGUUGUUGAAAUCUUGUAUUGUACUGCCGCUAUUUUUACCCACUCCCUCCCCUUAGUGGUUUCCCGCAGGUUAUCCCGUAUCCCGAACGUUGGGCUAUAUCCGGCAAAAGUCUGGGUCAGAGUCACAAUUUGUUAGCGGAGAAAUAGUUGAAUAUGGAGGAGGACGCCAAUCAACCUAAAAAAGGCAUUUUGAGGAACAAGUCUGAAGAUAAACACCACUCAGGUAUUCAUUGGGAUGAAAUGAACAUUUUGAUGACACAUCAUCCCCCAGAUAAAGACUAUGGCCAUAUGAAGAUCAAUGAACCUCCGACGCCAUACAGUAAAUGGAAAGAUCCAGGUGAUGAUGAAGGUGAAGGGACAGCAGAUCCCUUUUCUGACGAUGAAGCUGAUCCACAAAAGUUAGAUCCAGAAAACUUACAUGACAGGAUCAAAGAUGCUCCAAAGAGAGGCUCCUGGGAUGAAAAUGCAGACAAUGAUGAUGAUGAUGAUGAUGAUGAUAUUGACGAGGAUUUAUCAGAAAGUCAGAAAGAACAUAAAAAAGCAUUUAAAGACAAGAGAAGGGUACACUACAAUGAAUAUUCUAAAGUUAAACUUGCAAGGAAACUUAUAGAGCAAGAGUUAAAAGAUUUAGAUGACGAUGACAAUGAUGGUUCAUUAGACUCAGCAAAGGAAGGAUCAAGUUCAACAGAUGCUUGUGCAGCUGAUACUCAGAUGGAUGAGACAUAGGACCAUAUUGAUUGUUGCUAAAGUCUAAAUGACAUAGUCUUGUAAUAUUGUACAACUAGCAAGAAAAUGUUGACAGAUUGUAACUGUAAACUGUACAGAUAGGAAACAGCAGCAAGAAUAUGAUUAUAUGAAAAAAAAUAUUUGAUUGUAGGUAUAUCAUAGCUUAAUUUACAGAAUAACAGAAGAUUCCAUGUUUAUGAGUGUCUUGGCAGAAAUAAAGAACAAUAAGGAAAAACUUGAGGCAAGAAUAAUUUGUAAGUGUUGCACAUUGUACCUUUGAUACAAAGUUAUAAAUUAUUGCCCAUAUAGUAAAAAUCUUUUUAGUGGCCUGCACAGGAGGUGCGCUUUUAAACUGGUGUUAGAGGUAAACUUAUCCUUGCUUGAGCCAGAAGUCACAUCACUGAUACAGAAGUCAUAGAUAUGGCUGUUUUUCUCUGUUUAACCUUUUAACUCUCAAGAUCUGCUUUAGAAUUCUCCCAUUUAGCUGCAACACAUUUCCUUGUGACUUAGUUACAAGAAUUAGGUGUUAGAUCAAGAUAACUGCUUCUAUCCCAUAACUUAGUAUUUUCAUCACAUAGCUGUGUACUGGAUAAUGUAGAUAUUGCAUAGGGAGAAGUUACAUGUUAAUCACUACUUCUGGGCAUUUAAGGGUUAACAUUUUACAUGCAUUCUCACCAGGCAACAGCUUUGUUAGCUGAUUAUUCUUAAGAUUUACAAAGGGAAAUAUUUUAAUCCUAAUUUAUUGUGAUUCCCUCAAAUACAAAACUAAGUUAAAUUUUCAGAUUAACAGUGCAAAGUUCUGUUAAUCCUUUUGUUCCCAAGAUCUCAAGUUUCUUUUUGUGACAAACAUCACACGCUCAUUUAAAAGUCAGUCUUUAGAAUUUAAUGUACUAACAGGAAAUUUUAUUGUGCACAAAAAUUAGAGUUUUUUUUUUCAGAAUUAUAGAUUAUAAAUGAACUUUUUUUACUUUAGAUUUAGAGUGGUUGAUUUAACACUUCAACUCUAGCUUUGAUUAUCAUUUUCUUAUCUUUUUAUUGGAAAAUGUAUUUCUCAAGGUGCUUCUUUGCACCUUUGGAGUGUGAAGAACUGAAAUGAUAAACACAAGCUAACAAAGUCACUUCAAA